AUGGUGAGAAGUCUCGAUUGUAUGCACUGGCAGUGGAAAAACUGCCCAACCUCAUGGCAAGGGCACUUCACUGGUUAUAAGGGAAAACCCACAAUCAUUCUGGAGGCUGUGGCAUCAUAUGAUGCUUGGAUUUGGCACGCCUAUUUCGGACUUCCAGGUUUCCUUAAUGAUAUUAAUGUACUUGGAAUGUCUCCAUUAUUCAACGAAAUAUGCACAAGUGAGGCUCCUCAAGUUUCUUACUAUGUAGGUGAUAGAGAAUAUGGCCAAUGCUACUACCUAGUCGAUGGGAUCUACCCUAAAUGGGGAUCUUUUGUGAAAGCAAUUAAAAAUCUAAUUACUCCAGAGCAAGCUCAUUUUACAAAGAUGUAG